UUUUAAUGGAACCUAGUUAAAUAGUAGCAAUUUGUAUAGCCACUUUUUUAGGAGUUAUAUACAUAGCUAGUUUAGUUCUUCUUCAUUGUUUUGGAAAGAUUUAUAGAUUAACUUUUCCAAAUCCUCCUCCUUAGUAUACAGAAAAAUAUUUUGGUGAAAAACUUAAAUAUGUGAAUGUUUAUUCUAAAGAUGGUAUUUUAUAAAAUAUACUUAAUUAUAGCUAGGUUAAAGAGUGACUAAUUAUUGAAUUCAUAGUAUUUGGAUAGAGUCAGAUCUAUACCUUAUGUCUACCUUAAGAACAAAUAUUCAGAAACUAAUAAUUAUUUACUUUAUUUUCACGGAAACGCUGAAGAUUUGUAAUUAACCAUUUUUGUAUGAAAA